GGUUCAUUGACCCUUCAGUCUUCUAUCGUGUCAAUGCGGUCUCGUGUAUUUGAAGCUUUGGACACCUCUAGGAGCCGGUGUCUCAAUGAUCGCAGACGCGUCUAUCUAUCUGAUUGAUGGGGUUCAAAUUCACUCAUUUGUGCGAUCUACUCUCCACUCUCGAGGACAACAGAAUCUUGAAGGCGACACAUGAAGCGCGAGCAUUCAAUCCUGAUCAUGGGAAACAGAUACGUGGCCCCGACACUGAUCUUCUGGCCCUGUUGUCCUGCAUGUUUCCCGAGAAGAGACCAGACAGGGUCUACUGGCUGCAAGAAACCUCGCUGGCGAGGAUUAUAGCGCGAUGCUUACUUCUCGGGUCCUCCAGACGGGCAGAGCUCGAGCGUUGGCGCGUGUCCAGCGGACUCGACCUCGGCCAAUGUGUCGAAAAUGUGAUGCGGCAAGCGGAGAACGAUCUCGACCCCAGUCGAGAGGUAACGGUCGAGGAAAUUGACUCUGCAUUGAACAGUAUUGCUGCCCGUUGCAGAUUCUCCGGUCCUCGAGUGCGAAAGCAGCACACCGCGGUUGACGUCGAGCAGGCUCUAGGCUCUCUCUUCAAGCGACUCAGGAGCAGGGAUGCAAAGUGGUUAACGCGCAUGAUACUCAAGGGGUAUUACCCUGUUGUAUUUCCUUUGCCCUUGACGUUGCGGAGCUUCCACUUCCUCCUUCAGCCUCUCCUUCUCUUCCAAGACACAUUCGAGGGUGCGCUCAGUAUGCUCCGCUCCGACCCCAUCAGCCAUUUCCCGCCACACCCGGACCCUGGAUUGGCCAAGGACCUGGCUUAUCUGGCCUUGCAACAUCUCAAUCCUAGGGUUGGGGUCAAGAUCGGUCGACCGGAGUACCACAAGGCCCGGAGCAUCAAGCACUGCUGUCGCAUGGUCAAUCGCCGUCGAAUGAGUAUUGAAAGGAAGUACGAUGGUGAAUACUGUCAAGUACAUAUUGACCUCACGUUGGGCCCUAAUUCCAUACAAAUAUUCUCUAAAAGCGGUAAAGAUUCUACUGUCGACAGGAUAGGUAUCCACCAGGUCAUCAAAGACUCCUUGAAAUUAGGAGCGCCUGGGUGCAAGGUCUCCCAGAGGUGCAUUCUUGAAGGUGAAUUACUUGUCUGGAGUGACAAACACAACAAGAUCAUGGACUUUCAUAAGCUGCGUAAAUUUAUACCUCGGUCCGGUACCUUCAUUGGUACUGAAAGCGAUUCCCCACCGCAACCCCAUGAACAUCUGAUGAUGGUUUUCUUCGACAUUCUGCUUCUCGAUGAUAAUAUAUGCCUAAGGCGGCCGCAUCGGGAACGACGUCUACUUCUCAAAGACAUCAUACACGUUGUCCCCGGGCGUGCAGACAUUGCUGAGCAACAAAUAGUGGAUUUCUCGCGACAUGACGGCCAGGCCCGACUGGAGAGCAUCUUUUCCAGAGGAAUUGCACAGCGGUGGGAGGGCUUUGUACUCAAAGGAUGCGAGGACCCCUACUUUACCAUCUUCUCAGGCCAGGAGAAUAACACGUUCGGCCGCUGGAUCAAGCUCAAGAAGGAUUAUAUACCGGGGCUGGGUGAUACGGUUGACCUCGCAAUCAUUGGCGCGAGAUAUAAUCCGCAAGAUGCUACAGCCCUACACCAAGUCAGGAAGCUGCUAUGGACGGAGUUCUACGUCGGCUGUCUCACCAACAAAGAUGCAGUUGCGCAGUUCAACGUCUCUCCUAAGUUUAAGGUUGUGGAUGUGCUUGACCGCAAUGGCAUGAGUUUGAAGAACAUGCAGGUCCUCAAUCAGUUCGGCGAGUUUCAUGCCUGCAACGCCGAAUCUGACCACAGGUUCUCACUUCAUUAUGGAACAAAUGUCGCCUCCAGAAUGGAAGUUGUGUUCAAGACUCCCUUCAUUGUCGAGAUACUCGGUAGUGGGUUUGAGAAACCAUCCAAUGCUGGAUAUUUCGCACUUCGCUUUCCGAGAAUCACCAAGAUACACUGGGAUAGGGCUCUCGAGGAUGCGGCAUCAUAUGCUGAGCUGCAACAACUGGCCGAAGACGCUCGAGCUGUUCCCACGGAUGACAUGGGCACGGAGCGAAGCGAGUGGUCCAAGCGCGUGAAACUUGGAACUGGAUCAGCACAUCAUGUCUCAAAUGAACGAUCUGGAAGCAUUUCUUCCAGUCAAGGCUCAACAUUGAGGUCGGGGACCAACACCACCGCUGCCAUUCUCUCAAGCGACCCACCGGAUAUACCAUCGCCUGCUCCCAACCCCUUAAAAAGAUCGACCACGCUGCUAACGUCGCCUAAUGUUCCAAUUUGUCCGAACAGCCGUGCCGUGCCUAUAUAUGCAGAUGGACCUGUGGACCGGGCUCCAUCAGCUGAAAACAAAGCUGGUCGACAGAAUCCUUUGACCAAUAAUGAGAACCUGUCGGCUCAUACCUCUCGCCAGCGAGGAUAUGUAAACCGCAACCCCGAUUCUGAACACGCAGACAACAGCCUACCUUCACCUUCACCACCGCAGAUAUCUAGCUUCACCAAUAUAGCUGAUAAUCGUCCUCACAAACCAAAUCCACCUCUCGCAUCUCUACUCCUGAAUAUCCCCAUAUAUAUCACUCCAACGUGCAGCAACCACACAGCCCCCCAGCAACCCCAUCCGCAGCACCACACCCAAGCCCUUGCCAACUUCCUGGAUAUCCUGCUGACACACACGCCAAAGACGACAACACCAUGUCCACGCCUCGGACUCGUCAUCCUGACCGGCAACGAAUCCUCCCUCGGCCACCUCCUCUUCGACCUCAGCAAACGCAUCACGCGCGCCCUGCAAACCAGAAGCAUAACUCACCCUCCAACCGGCAAAGUCUUCGUCCUAGACCGAAGCUUCCUGAAUCUCAACAUCAGCCCCGAUGAUGCCAGGCUCGGCCUCCGUCACACCUGGGAGUCAAUCGGGAGACGGUACUUCUAUGCGUGCGUGAAGUGGGAUCUCGGCGGGACGGGGGAGCGUACUUCGCAUGACGACGAGAGCAGCGGAGGGCCGUGGGAGAGGGACACGUAAAGACGUCGAUAUCAAGGCUACGAUUAGUUUCAAUUGGCGAACGCUGCUUCUGCUGAGCGAGUUAUUCGCGGUGACCCAACCCGGUGGUGCAUGUUGACGAAGGUGGUCUUUGUAACCCUGGGCUUUGCUACAUCGCUCUUUCUUGAAUAGGCCAGCAUAUAUGUUGUGGCCCUUUCUGGGUGUUCUGCAUAGAUUCACAUUGGAAUGUAUGUAUAAUGAGAUCGACAGAAG